AUGGAGAACCGUCAAGAACCUGAUGAAGAAGUACAAGACAACAAUCAAGAUAAUCCUAAUGAUGGUAGUCUUCUGCGUCGUCUUAAUUCAUCAGUUUUACGUCUUCGUUCAACUACAAAAUCACUUCAACGUGAUCCAGAAACUUUUCGUACAGCAUUCAUACAUUCAGCAGCUAUUUUAUUUGUUUUAGUAUGUGGUGCAUGUGCUUUACUUGCAUAUCGCAUAUUAGAACCAUUUCUUCGUAGUAUAUUAUGGUCAAUAUUAGCUGGUGCAUUUUUAUUUCCUUUUAAAAAUCAUUUAACAUUAAAAACACGAUAUUUUUUACGUCAAUUAGAUACAGAUUCACAUUUAUUAUUUUAUGGUUUACUUAUAUUAUUACCAUUACGAACAAUAGAUAGAACUAUUGAUUCAAUUUUUCCAUUUAUUAAAAAAAAAUGGAAAGAAUUAUUAAUAAUUUUUAUUUUUUUAUUAUCAAUUGAAUGGAUUCAAAGUGGUGUUGUUUAUCAUUGGUUAAUAACAAUUGGAUAUGAUAUUUUUGAUAAACUUGGAUUAUUUGUACAUGUAUUUGAUUCAUUAUGGAUAACAACAAUUGUUAUUGCUUAUUUAAUAGCUGUUUUAACUAUUUAUGAUAGUUCACCAUUGAUUAGAAUUUUAUUAAAUCUAUUAGCUAUACCAAUUUGGUUUAUUUUAUUAAUUUAUCUUUCACAAUUUCUUCCAAUUAAUUAUCGAUUAAUUGUAGUUAUUUUAGCAAUUAUUUUAACAGUUGUUGGUUUUAUUGUAGAUUUUAGAGAAAGAAUUGAACAAAAUAUUGUUCAAUCAGAUCCUUCUGAUGAUAAUGAACGCCGUAAAUCAAUCUUCACUGAUUUAAUCAAUACAUAUAAUCGAAUGCGAGCAUAUUAUCAUGUUGGACCAGAACAAUCGUCAUUACCUGUUGCAUCAACUUCUUCAGCAUCUUCUACACCUUAUUUUACAUUUGUACUCUGGUCAUUAGUAGCUAUUAAAGUUUAUCAAUUUUAUUGGUAUCUUGGACGAAUAUUAAUUUUUGUUAUUAUUUAUAAAGUUAUUAAAAAAAUUCUAAUUGAAACAUAUAUAUAUUUAAUGAAACAAGAAAGUGUACAAUAUAUAAUUCAACGAAUAAUUGAUUAUUUGCAAACUCGACGUGAUGUAUUAACCCCAUCACCGUUAAAUGGUCUUAUUCGUUUUCUUAUUAAAGGCGAUAAAAAGUUUAAUCAUGGUUUACAAACAUCUAUUGAUUAUUUGGUUAGUGCAAUUAUGAUUGUUACAUUACUCAUAACAGUUCUUUUUGGUACAAUACUUCUUAUUAUACAGAUUCAACAUGAAAGUAUACAUAUGAUUAAAUUAACAAGUAAUCUUAUUAAUGAAACAAUUAUACUUCAACCAUCAUUUCAACAUAUGUUACCUGAUAAAGAACAUAUGGGUAAAUUAAUGGAUACAGCUGUUAAUAAUUUUUAUUCUGUUGGAAGAACUUGGAUUGCAAAACAGGUCAAUGCAUUAAGUCCAGAUAGUUCAACAAAUACAAAAUUAGAAAAAGAUGUUCUACAAUUAUGGGAUCAUUUUUAUGAAUAUAUGUCUAAUACAUCAACAUUAUUAUUACCAGAUAAAAAUCGUAGUACAAUAAUAUAUUCACCAAAAAAUCAUUCAUUACGAAUACCAAAUCUUGAUUUUCAUUUAAAUGAUUUAUAUCGUUUAGUUCAUAAUAAUUUAGAUUUUUUACGUAAUGUUCUUGAUUCAGUUUGGAAAAAUACAACACUUCUUUUAACAUUAUUAUCAACAAUUAUUUCUUUACUUUUUACUGGAGGUUUUGCAUUACUUAAUUUUCUUGUUUCAUUUAUUGUUUUUGUCACUUUACUUUUCUAUCUUCUUUCUCAUUCGGAUGAACCUAUAUAUCGACCAACUGAAUGGUUAAAUAAUACAUUAUCUGUUGGUGGAAAAGGUUUAGGUAAAGCAGUUAAUGAUGCAGUUACAAGUGUUUUUGUUGCUUCAUUGAAAAUUGCUGUUUUUUAUGGUCUUUAUACGUAUGUAUUACAUACGAUAGUUGGUUCAAAUCUUGUUUUUUUACCAGCUGUUAUUGCAUCCGUAUGUGCUGUUACUUUAAAAUCUUAUUGGGCAGCAUUACCUGGUUGUCUUGAUGUAUGGCUUGUACAACAACGACCAAUAGGUGCUUUAAUUUUAUUACUUGGUCAAAUUGCACCAACCUAUGUUGUUGAUACAACCAUAUAUAGUGAUGUUAAAGGAGGUGGACAUCAAUAUUUAACAGCAUUGGCUAUUGCUGGAGGUGUUUAUUAUCGAGGAAUCGAAGGAGCUUUAAUAGGUCCAAUUGUACUAUGUUGUUUAUUGGUUGGUGUAAGAUUAUAUAAUGAAACAAUGGCUACAACAUUAUCUUCAAAUCAUGAACAAGAAACUGUGACAUCUUCAUUAAGUCAUCCAAUACAACCUCUAGUUCGUGCUCACAGUGUACAACAAUAA